AGACUCAGCCUAUGGACACAACGACGGGGCGGUGCUCUCCGCAAUGAGCUGUGUAGCCAGAGCCCAGGGCUGUCAGUACUUGGCCAGUCCGGUCCUUCGACCGAGUGAUCUGGUGCUAUGGCUGCUCCACCGCAGCUACAGGCUCUUCUCCAGGCUGUCAACAAGCUGUUGCGCCAGCGCCGCUACCACGCGGCGCUGGCCGUGAUAAAGGGCUUCCGGAACGGGGCUGUCUAUGGAGUCAAAAUCCGGGCACCUCAUGCUCUGGUGAUGACCUUUCUCUUCAGGAGCGGCAGUCUCCGAGAGAAGCUGCAGGCCAUUCUGAAAGCCACGUACACCCACUCUCGGAACCUAGCUUGCUUUGUGUUCACCUAUAAGGGUCUCCAUGCCCUACAGUCCCACGUGCAAGGCGAGACCCACCAGAUGCACACUUUCCUGGCUGCCUUCAUCGGGGGGCUUCUGCUGUUUGGAGAGAACAAUAACAUUAAUAGCCAGAUCAACAUGUACCUGACAUCGCGUGUCCUGUUUGCCUUGUGCCGUCUGGGUGUGGAGAAGGGCUACCUCCCUACAUUCAAGCGGGACCUGUUCCGCUUGCACACCGCGGUGAUUUGGGGGCUUGUGCUGUGGCUUUUUGAGUACCACCGGCCCACUCUGCAGCCCUCUCUACAGUCUUCCAUGACCUACCUCUACGAGGACAGCAACGUGUGGCAUGACCUCUCAGACUUCCUCAUCUUCAACAAGAGCCCCUCCUCCAAGUAACAUAUCCCAAGGUGCUUCAGGAACUCCUCCGCCCAGCACAGCUUCCAGGCAGCGACCCGCUGCUGCUCAGGGUAUGUUUCUGUUGGCAUACCCUCACGGAGGAUCCUGCCUUCUCAAAGUCAUGGACCUCACACUCCAACCUGUAUUAUCCCAUUUGCUGAAGUCAAAGUACUGAGUUUUACACGUACAAGGUACUUUUGAAUACUGUAGCAAGUGGCUGGAUCCCAUUAAGGAGUCCGUGGCUUGAUUCCAGAUGCUCUUCUGACUUCUGUAAGGCCAGGGCAAAUAAAUCACCCCUCUCUAGGCUUCAGGUCAUUCAGUUCAGGGGAGGAUCUUUAGAGGAGAUUGUCUUCCUGGUGUAUAUGAUAACCUCCCCUCUACUGUGUUAUCAGAGGGCUCCUUGCUAAUGGGCAGUAGUUUACAAACACUUUGAAAGAAAAAAAAACAACACUAAAUUCUUUGUCUAAAUUGUUCUAUUGAGAAGUUCUGGAGCCCUACUGUCCAAUAGGAGUACUACAUGAGCCAGGUGCACAGCACAUGCCAAGCUUGUGCGAGACCCUGGAUCCUAUCACUAGCACUGAAAAUAAAACUUCUAGUGACCACAUUUUUGAGAUGCAUUAAGAAGGCUGUGGCAGUAGGGUUGUGAGCUCCAGGCCAGGCUGGGAU